GAGAGUCUGUCGUGAAAAACUGAUGCAGCGGAGGGUCAGAGAAGAUUCACAGAUUCGGCGAGGAGUAGUGGCUGCAUCGUGGGACUAUUUGACUUUUGCUUUGUUUUUUUUAAAUCAAGUACAAGUUCGAUUAUCUCGUCGAGCACUUUCCCCAAAUAGAAACACCUUGUUUUUCUUUUCCACAUUUAUUGUUUCUAAUAGCGACUUAACUCACGACCUGUCUGAUGACCGAUCAUCAAAAGAAAUUGACCGACUGAUGGCAGUGAUGACGAAUGAGACGUGGCCACAUCCAUCAUAUGUGCCCCAUUUUCUCCUCCAUGGUGAUCCUUUUGCUUCAAGACUCUCGAAAGAGGCAGACAUUGUUGCAGCUUUUUACAUCUGCAUUAUUGGUAUUAUUUCCACAACAGGGAAUGGAUAUGUCUUGUACAAAACUAUGAAACGCAAGACUAAGUUGAAGCCUCCAGAGCUCAUGACUGUGAAUUUAGCCAUCUUCGACUUCGGCAUAUCAGUGACAGGAAAGCCCUUUUUUGUUGUUUCUAGUUUCUCCCACCGUUGGUUGUUUGGUUGGGAGGGCUGUCAGUUCUAUGGCUGGGCAGGCUUUUUCUUUGGAUGUGGGAGCCUCACCACGAUGACAAUGGUCAGCCUGGACAGAUACCUCAAGAUCUGCCAUCUCAGCUACGGGACAUGGUUGAAACGGCGUCACGCCUUCCUCUGCUUGACCUUUGUGUGGAUUUAUGCAGCAUUUUGGGCCAUCAUGCCCCUGAUGGGCUGGGGAAGCUACGCCCCAGAGCCAUUUGGCACGUCCUGCACCCUGAAUUGGUGGCUGGCACAAUCUUCUGUGUCCGGCCAAAGCUUUGUAAUGUCUAUCCUCUUCUUCGGUCUUGUCCUACCUACUGGCAUCAUCGUAUUUUCCUAUGUGAUGAUUAUCUUUAAAGUCAAAUCUUCUGCAAAAGAAAUUUCACAUUUUGAUGCCCGAGUCAAUAACAGCCAAAACCUUGAGAUAAAACUCACAAAGGUGGCCAUGCUGAUCUGUGCAGGAUUUUUGAUAGCCUGGAUCCCAUAUGCAGUUGUGUCAGUGAUUUCGGCGUUUGGAGAGCCAGACUCAGUGCCCAUACCCGUGUCUGUUGUUCCUACUCUGCUUGCCAAGUCCUCAGCAAUGUAUAACCCAAUCAUCUACCAGUUUGUGGACCUGAAAAACUGUUCACCCUCCUGCUUGAAGGCCCUGGGGAAACACAGGCAUUUUCGAACGUCUAGGUUCUACAUGAUUUCCGGCUCACUGAAGGACACACGAGCACCUAAAGAAGCUCACGGCGAAAUGUGAGGCAGACAGACUGUGUGACCUGCUUACAACUUUUAUUUGGGACAGUUUGUCCUAUUUCCUGUCCUCUGUGCCGAAACAGUGGCAGCCACUGUAUACUAACAGGUUAAUGAAGUUAACUAGCGUUUUUGUUUGUUUAAGAAUUUGCUGCAUACGAAGAGAGAUUGUGAGUCUUAGAUUAAUCAGCCAUAUACCAAAUGGUAUCCCUGGUGAAACUCAAAUAACACUCAAAUCCAGACGAGUGUGUAAUAGAGUACAAAAGGGUUAUUAAAGAAUAUUUAAGCAGGCCUCACUGCCAGCAAGAAUUGUAGGAAUUCUCUCAGCUGUUAUUGACAGUUACAUGUGAUAUCAUCCUAAAAUCUUUGUAAUGUAAAGUGAUGUGUAGUUUGUUUUCUAUACUGCUUAAAGUUGUACAACAGUUUUUCUGAGCCUUUUGUAAAAGUACUUAAAAGAGCUAUGUGAAGAUGUUUCCCUCCUGGUGUCAACAGCCAGCACUAAGCACACUCUCCAAUCUUAAGUGUUAGGACAUGUCCCACUGUCUUUAACACCUGACUGCCACUGAGCCUCUUGCUGUAAUGUAAUGUUUUGCUUUGAUUUAAAAAGAAAAAAAACAACCAACAUAUAUUGUUAGGUGUCAUUUACAACCCCAAUUCCAAUUAAGUUGGGACGU